AUGACAGUGUUUAAGAGCUCUGCUGGUUCACAGAUGAAACCCUGUGGAGAAAUCGAUGUGUGCUUUUGUGUGUGUGAUGACCCUUGGCUAGAGGUGAACUUGGGGAAACAUAAAGCCUCCUGUGUUGUGUUCCCUUUCUGCAGAAACUCCACCUACUGCAUGAAGGUGUCCAUGUCCUUGGCGGUGGAGGAGAAUGACGAGGGCCUGUGCUUCAACAGUAAAAUACGCCACCUGGAGAAAGCAGAGAUCACUAAGAGCAAGAUGAUCAACUGCCCCGACAUCGAGGAUUACCUCGCCCCUUACAAGCAGCCCCAGAUGACCUGGUAUAAGGUAACAAAUCACUCUUUUUCUCAGAAAUGUUGUAUAUUCUUUGUGUAUGAACCCAGGAAGAUUAGCCCUGAUACACUAAUGGGUAUCUAAAUAAACGUAACUUAACUUAACAUAGUGAAUCGGUAGUUAAUGACUGAGUUGGAUCAAAAGAUAUGGAACCAAGUGGCCUCCCGAGUGGCGCAGAGGUCUAAGGCAGUGCAGUGCUUGAGGCGUUACUACAGAUCCGGGUUCGAUCCCGGUCUGUGUCGCAGCCGGCCGCGACCGGGAGACCCAUGAGGCGACGCAUGAUUGGCUGAGCGUCGUCUGGUUUAGUGGAGGGUUUGGCCUACCGGGAUGUCUUCAUCGCGCUCUAGCAACUCCUGUGGCGGUCCGGGCGCAUGCACGCUGACACGGUCACCAGUUGCAUGUUCCUCCGACACAUUGGUGCGGCUGGCUUCCGGGUUAAGCGAGCAGUGUGUCAAGAAGCAGUGAGGCUUGGCAGGGUCGUGUUUCGGAGGACGCAUGGCUCUCGACCUUCGCCUCUCCCGAGUCCGUACGGGAGUUGCAGUGAUGGGACAAGACUGUAACUACCAAUUGGGGAAUGUUUUUUUUUUUAAUAUAUGAAAACCAGAUGAAACUGACGUGGUAUAACACUGUGUGAUGUUAAUGUCUGUCUAGGAGUGUGAGAAGAGGACGUGGCGGAGCUCCGUCAUGGUGAACAUCACCAACAUCUGGUUUCCUGAGGUGCAGGAGGACGACGGCGGGAACUACACCUGUGAGCUGAAAUAUGGCAGCCGGGUGGUGAGGAGGACCACAGAGCUCAAAGUCACAGGUAAGCCCCCCAUGUUGUGUGUGUGUGAGUUUGGGUGUGUCUGGUUACAGUAUGAAUGUAUUGUAUAUUGUUAUGUGCGUGUGUAUGUGCACAGUGCCAAAAACAGUUUGACAGCUGGCCACGAUUUGUAUCUGAAAUCAGCUGCAGUGAACAGUGAGCGGAAAGGUUUACACUUUUGCACUCUUACACUUAAUAUUCUGAAGCCCCUUCCUCUCAAG